CUCCCUAAAAAGAACCCAAAAAGAAAAGAAAGAAAAAGAAAAGAAAGAAAAAGAAGAAGAAGAAGAAGAAGAAGGCUAUCCACAUUCAACACCAAUAAUCUAUGUAUAUAUAGUACCUCUCUAAAUCUUGCUUUCCCUUAAAGAAUUUUAAUAAAACACUCUUCUCUGUUUCAUUUCUUUUACUCUCAAUCUCUCCCACCAUGAAAAGAAUCUCAAUCCUUUCCUUCUUCUUCUUCUUUCUCAUCUCUCCCAUUUCCACUAAUUCCCAGUUUCCUUCUUCAUCAACAACUCAUUGCAACCAUGGUUGCCCCAAAAUCCAAUUCCCUUUUGAUUUCAACCUUUCCUGUUCAUCAAACACCACGAGAAUCCACUUCAAAACCUAUGAUUCUCUUUCAAUCAAAUCCAUUUCCUAUGAUCAAAAAAGACUUGAUCUUCUUGACCUAAACCGUUGCGUUCACGCUGCUUUUCUCAACCUAGACCUCUCCCUCACCCCGUUUCGUUACUUCUACGUUGUCAAAGAUUACUUGUAUCUUAACUGCACAACCAGAUUGGUAUCAUCCUCUUCGACAUCGAUACCGUGUCUGAGUCGAGACGGGGAGUACUAUGUGUACGUUGUGAAGCCACCAUUGAUGGGAAGUGGUAUACCAAGAUUUUGCAAGGAAGUUAAGAGAGUGAAGAUCCCAUUUGAGUAUAGUCCUUAUCUUGAUGAUGGUUCUUUCGGACUUGCCUUAACUUGGGGUUUUGAUGAUCAAACUAAAACAAAGUCCCAAAUUGAGUGUUUCUUUAAAGCAACAAGUUUUCAAGUGGUAGGCAUUAGCUUGCUUGUGGCAAUGGUGGCAAUGGUGGCAAUGGUGGCAAUAUUAACAAUGGUGAUGAUGAAGAAGAAAUAUUAUGAGUCAAAAAAUAAAAAUUAUUCAAAGGAAGAAGGUGAGAAAAAGAUGUUUGAACAUUAUUCAUAUGAACCACUCAAAACUGCUUCAAAUGACCCAUUACUUUGAGCCUAUUUUGGUUUUUUUUUUUUCUUUUUAUUAUUAAUAUAAUCUUUUGAUUUCUAUAGUUGGAGAUGUAUUUUUAGUUCAUGUACAAUGUUCAACUUUACUUUUUGUAUUUUUAAUAAAUCUUAAAACAGUUCUUAUAGUGUAUUGAUUUUAUUACUAUAUAUAUAUUGAAUGACUCGACUUGCAAUUUGGCAUCA